CGUGACGCCCCGCCGGAAGCGGGUGCGGCGGGGCCGCCGGUGCCGGUGGCGGUAGUGCCGCCAUGGAGUUCCCGGACCUGGGCGCGCACUGCUCCUGGCCCGCCUGCCAGCGCCUGGACUUCCUUCCUCUGAAGUGUGAUGCCUGUGAGCAGAUCUUCUGCACCGACCACAUUGCUUAUGCCCAGCACGAUUGCACCUCUGCCUACAAGAAGGAUGUGCAGGUCCCAGUAUGUCCCCUCUGCAACACCCCAGUCCCUGUGAGGCGGGAGGAGAUGCCUGAUAUUGUGGUGGGUGAGCACAUUGACCGUGACUGCAAGUCCGACCCUGCACAACGCAAGCGCAAGAUCUUCACCAACAAGUGUUUGAAGCCUGGCUGCAAGCAGAAGGAGAUGAUGAAGGUGAUCUGUGACCAGUGCCACAAGAACUACUGCCUCAAGCACCGGCACCCCCUGGACCAUGACUGCAGUGGGGCAGGGCAUCCCCUUUCCAAAGCAGGGCAUGCUGCAGUUACCAGAGCCCAGGCAUCCUCCUCCAAAUUAGUCACUGCAUCAAGCAGCGGAGCCUGGCCAGCAGACAGCUCCUCUUCUCCAGCCCGUGCCAGCUUUUCUUCUGCUUGCAGAGGAGGCAGAGCGGCUGUGUCGCAGACUCGCAGCACCUCCCCUCCAGCUGUCAUGCUGCAGAAUGGGCUGAGCGAGGAAGAGGCACUGCAGCGAGCUCUGGAGAUGUCCCUGGCAGAGUCAGCACGCAGCUCAGCACAGCCACCAAGGCACACAGUUCAAAGCCAUCAAACUGCAGCAUGUCGUAGGCAGGUGAGGCAGGGUGUGCCAGCAGACACAGGAUCCUGCUUGUGACUCAAGGAGCGGCUCUGGCCUCCCAUGUGGAUCCUGUGGGGUUCUGGCCUGGACACUGGUACCAAGAGCCCCUUGCCAAGGACAGCUUAUCUCUCUGGGAGCUGUAAGCCACCAAAAAUACACUGACACUUCAGCCCUAGUACCUAUAUAAAAUUAGUGCAGCAAUUUGCUGAUGCUCCUGGGGAGGUGAAGACUGUAUGGGACAGGGCUGGGUACACACUGACCAAAGCAAGCAGCAGCCUAGGGUCUGCACUUACCCACAGUUGCCACAGCCACAUCCCAACACUGCUGGGACUGUGGGAGAGAGCUGUGUGGGGACCUCUCUGCAUGCUCAGACAUACAGCUGGGAUGUAGCUGCCUUCUGUAGAGGGAGGCUGGAUUCCAUGCUUUGGGGAGGGCUGUGCCAGCCCCUCAGGAAAGAGCAAAUGUGGCUGGGAUGGUCUCUUGCCUGGGCAUGGCAUGGAUGAAUGUGCAGCCUCCCAGCAGCAUGAAGGCAGCACCUUCCCUGCUCCCCACACCCUCGGUGCCUCCCUACUCUUUGCAUGCACAAGAGCGCAUUGGGCCUUACCCUGCUCGGCUGGGGCACAACCUCUCUGAGACUGAAUGGAGCUGCAUUUUCCUUCUGGUUUAAUAUAUUAAGUAACCUUGGCAGUGACUUGAAUGCCAGCGUCGCUCACAUGGGAUGGUUGCAGCUGCCUUCCUGCUGCUGGCUGCUCUCUGCUGCCCUAAGCUUAAACAGGGCCCUGUUUAAAUGCUGCUGGGGUAGGAAUGCCUUCCUUCUAGCUGUGUUGCUGGGGAUGCCCUCCUGGAUAGCAAUAGCACAGAACCUCUCCUUACAAACAAAGCCCUGAGCUUAGAGCCUGGUUGGGUGGAGGAGAUUUGUCCUGCAGGGGGUCUGCAGCCAUGCAGAGCUGUGCUGCUUUCCCGACUGGGCUGUCCUGCUCUGAGCAGCUGAGGGAGGGGGGUUCAGGCUGGGUCCAGGGAAGGCUGAGACUUGUCAAAGUGCUGCUUGAGAGAAAAUAAAAGCAUAGCACAAGGUACAGAGGUACCUGAGGGAGCAGUCA